AUGGAGGUUGGACCACGGGAUGGCCUCCAGAACAUCAAACAGUUGGUACCCCAGGAAGUCAAGACCGAGUUGAUCCAGAGUCUCGCAGAAACUGGGUUGCAGGAAAUCGAGGCAACAUCGACUGCCGGCGCCGAUGAGAUUGUGGUUUUUGCAUCCGUCACCAAAGCCUUCAGCAGAGCAAAUCAAAAUUGUACGGUAGACGAGGCUGUCUCUCAGGCCAGAGUUGUAAUCAAGGAAGCACUUGCCUCUGGUAUCAAAGUCAGAAGCGCAAUUUCCUGUGUUUUCCCGGACCCAUUCUCGGGGCCUACGGCCCGUAAAGAUGUCCUGGAAGUAGUGCAACAAUUUCUUGAAAUGGGAUGCUACGAAGUCGGACUGGGAGAUAUGCUUGGUGUUGGAACGCCUAAGGACACGCAAAGUUUGCUUGAAGUCCUUCUCCAGGAGGUUCCUGCACAUAGACUUGCUGGGCAUUUUCAUGACACAUAUGGACAGGCUGUAGCGAAUUCGUACAAAUCCUAUGAGAUGGGCAUUCGGACCUUUGACAGCAGUGUUGCUGGCUUGGGUGGUUGUCCCUACGCUCCUGGAGCUCGAGGCAACGUUGUUACGGAGGACCUUAUUUACACCUUCGAAAAAGCCGGUGUGAAGGCUGGAGUGGAUCUUGAAAAAUUGGUCGAUGUUGGGCAGUGGAUUUCCAAACGCCUCGGCAUUCCGUAUGGAAGCAGAGCUGGUGCAGCAAUCGCUCCUAAGAGGACGCAGACUCAACGCUCUCCGCCACGAAAACAUUCUCCUACAGAGUCGAGCGUGCCAAGAUCGUGGCAGGUGGUGGAGGAUACAAGAGAGUACAGGAUUCCUCGUGCAGGAACAGCGAUGAAGAUCACCCUAACUCGCCCCAAAAAUGGCAACGCGAUGACAAGCACCAUGCUCACAAGCCUAAAGAAAUUCCUCAAGAACCUGCACAAAGAUCCGACAGUAUACCAUGUUGCACUUGAGUCGGAGGGUAAGUAUUUUUGCACAGGUAUGGAUCUGAGUGGAGGCACCAACACAACAGAUAUGACAGGGGAAUCAAAUUACUACGGAGAAGUGGCUGCUUUCUUUGAGGCUAUUGAUCAUGUACCACAAACCACCAUCGCAUUAGUUGACGGCCCGUGUUUUGGAGGUGGUGUUGGCUUAACUUUCGCAUGUGAUGUGCGCAUCGUUUCCCCGAAAGUCAGGUGGACGUUGAGUGAAGUAAAAAUUGGGGUCAGUCCAGCUGUUAUCUCCAAGUUCAUCCCGGAGGAGCUCUGGCGCGUAGGCGCAAUCCAUACUGUCACCGCAGAAAACGAGACUUCGGACGACGCACUCAAUAAGUAUCUGAACCAGCUUGCAAAGUGUGUGCCCCGGUCAGCAGCGGUCAACAAAAAGCUGACAAGAUAUGCGUGGGUCGCACCGGAGACUGAGUCGCACACUUCCCUCGUCAAAAAAGCAUUCCAUUGUAUGGUGGCUGAUGGUGGAGAAGGACAACACGGAAUGGAGCAAUUUCGUCUCAAGAAUAAGGAUAUAGACUGGCAGAAGUUCUGGAAUGGGUCAAGCCCAUUCAAAUAUCCAAUAUACGGCAAUCCAGGCGAUGGUUCAAGGUAG